GCAUAAAUAGCAAGACUCCUACUGUCUUCUCUUGCAGACCAGCUCAGCUGCCAGCAAAAGCAGGUGCUCUCCCUCUACCAGUGCUCCAGAGGAAAUAUAUAGGAAUGGAAAACCUGAUGUUUGUCUACUGCUCCUGUAAAGUUAUCUGGACAUUGCUUAUAACAAUUCUAGGUUACUCCAGCAGCUUGCCUGUGGGUGAUGAUUCUAUUUGCGCAGCAGAGGAACUUGCUAAAUACAGCAUAAUCUUUACAGGGAAAUGGAGUCAGACUGCUUUUCCUAAGCAGUAUCCACUUUAUAGGCCACCAGCACAGUGGUCAUCAAUGCUAGGUGUUACUCAUAGUUCUGACUACAGCAUGUGGAAAAAAAAUGAAUAUGCCAGCAAUGGUGUUCGUGAUUUUGCUGAAAAGGGUGAAGCAUGGGUAUUAAUGAAGGAAAUAGAAGAAGCUGGAGAGAAAAUUCAAAGUGUGCACGGAAUCUUCUCUGCUCCUGCCAUUUCCAGUGGUACAGGACAAACAUCCACUGAAUUAGAAGUGCAUUCAAGACAUCCCUUAGUUUCCUUUGUUGUACGAAUUGUGCCAAGCCCCGACUGGUUUGUGGGUAUUGACAGCCUAAAUCUUUGUGGUGGAGACCACUGGAUGGAAGAAGUGUCAGUAGAUCUAUUUCCAUAUGAUGCUGGAACUGACAGUGGUUUCACAUUUUCCUCCCCAAAUUUUGCCACCAUUCCACAGGACACAGUUACAGAGAUCACUUGUUCCUCUCCAAGUCACCCAGCAAAUUCAUUUUAUUAUCCCAAACUCAAAAUUUUGCCACCUAUUGCUCAAGUAACAAUGGUGAAAUUAAAGAAAAAUCAACUGGGCCUUCCUGUUUCUCAUCUCAAUUUGCCAGCUAAAAGCAAUGAAAUAAUAGAGUCUAUGUCAGAGACACCCCUGGACUGUGAGGUUUCACAAUGGUCUUCAUGGGGCCUGUGCAGAGGCCCUUGUGGAAAAACAGGGACCAAGAUCAGAACGCGCUUUGUACUUCUUCAGCCUGCCAAUGACGGAACUCCCUGUCCAGAUCUGGAUGAAGAAACAGGAUGUGAACCAGAUAAUUGUAUCUGAAAGAAAGAACAGAUAAUAAUUUAGAUAAUUUAAAAGUAGGAUAAGUUUAAAUAAAUUUAAUCUACAUGUCAGUCAAUGUUCCUUCUAAUUCAGGUAUGCUGUACUAUUUUUCUGAGGGGGAAAAAAAAAGGUAUUUUAGGCUG